AUGGAUCAGGGCAGAAUUAAAGCGCCGUUUGUGAUGAGGUAUAAGUACGACUGGGAUGUUUGGUACCGCUGCAUCAAGAACAAAGCCAUCAAUGAUGGAAUCUGGGUUUUUAUCGAUCCGGCCACAGAUGUCAUUCUCAACUGGCCCCAGAUGCCAGACUACACAGAGACGGAGCCUGACGCUGCCGGUGCAGUACACGCCCCGGCCGCGGAAUCCAUAGCUUCUCCCCUCCCAUCUUCGUCAAGCGACGGAACUGAGCUUUCGAUUACGACUGGCGUCUACGAACAUCUCUUCAUGACAUCGGUCAGCAACAGGCCUAGCGAAAGGUACGGGCCUCAUGAGACUUCUCACGGAGACAGAAAGGAAGAGAGUACCUGGUACUUCAAGAAGCCGCAAAUGCCUCGGAACAUGCCUCUUAAUACCAGCAUCCAGAUUAUGAACCAGCGUCUCGACGGGGGGUUCAGCGAAAUUGCAGCAACGGAAGGCAGCAUUCGCGGAAAGCUGCGAAAACUGCACCGACUUGUUAGACCGGAUCUUGAGACGCUGGCCGAAAUUGCCGAAGAAACCUUGGUGCGUCUACUUGGCGCGGAUCUUGAUGACGAGCUAGAUGAAUGGCUCGUUAAACUUGAUCAGUUGUACAGUCGAUGUGAGGCCCUGAUUGGUUCAUCCUUUAUCGCAAGAUGCAAUAACGCAGUGAUUACGCUGCUCAAAGCCAUUGGGAGAAGGUUUCCCAAGUUGCAGUCUGACCUCAGGGUAUGA